CUCCAGUCACUCAGCACAGCUCCAUCCGGACGAAAGCAGCGCUCCCCUGUCAGGGGCUUUUGUUGUGGAGUAGAGACUCAGGAACCGUACAUUUCAACAAUAGAGCCCAGAGUAAUCCUACUGUACCUUGGCCCUCAUGUUUUCAACUACAAGACCUUCACUGCGGUCAUCUCAUCAACACGGAUUACACAUUUGGAAGUGAAGCCAAUCCCUUUAGCGUCUGUGAAGGAGGAUCAUGAAGCGCUCUAGCCCACUGCCAACUUUACUUGGGUACACGCUACUGCAGUUUUUACUUUCAUUUUCGUUCACCACUUCGAGCAAUACACCGGAGUAUGACUUUACUUCACACCCUCGGUUUAUAUGCACUCCUAUGCCAGUGGAUGCAGACCCCUCUUGUUUUCCAAAUGCAGGGGCCACUUCGGGGUCAACCGGGCCUCAUUCAGGAACGGGGCCACAAAAUGCGCCCCCUGCUGGUUGGUGGGGGGCAAGUGAAGAGGCCAAAGCUACAAUACUCCACUUAAGAGAGAGUUUAGUCCAACAAAAGGAAAUAAUAUUGGAUCAGCGGGAGACUAUUAGAGAACUGACCGCCAAACUUGCACUGUGUGAAGGAUUUGGACAUGCCACUAAUAAUGAUCACCACCACGCUCUAAACUCCCAUCAUGCACCAGCGGUUGGUCAUCACGCGUACGCUGACAACGGUCACCAUAGCAACCACCAGGCACGACAUGUAAACUACAUACCAGAUUCACCGCAACACCCCACAACAGGAGUGAAGGACAAACACGUGACUUCAGGGGACAGUUCCUCCCCUGAGCAGAGCGAGAGGAUGCUGCAGGCGCUCAAAGAGAGACUGGAAAACCUGCAGAAGAGAAACUCGUCUAUGGCGUACUCCAGCUCUCUGAAGGAGCUGCUCCAGAGGAAGAUCAGCGCUCUCGAACAACAACUGCACUACCACACGGCGGCGCUGUCUGACCAUCACCACGGCGACCACAGUGAUCACCAGGACGAUCACCAGGAUGACCACCAUGACAACCACCAUGACGACCAUCACGACAAUCACCACGACGAACACCACAACGACGACCACCACGACGACCAUUAUGACAACCACCAUGAUGACCACCACGACGACCACCACGACGAACACCACGACGACCACCACGACGAUCACCAUGACGAUCACCAUGACGAUCAUCCUAACGAUCACUAUGACAAUCACCGUGACGACCACGGCCACGAUGAUGGAGAGGAACACUCGGAUCACCAUGACGAUCACCAUGACAACGAAGCAGACAAUGGCUUCAUCUCUCGUACAGCCUACAGAGGGUCUGGGCCUCACGCCGGUUUCCAUGCAAAUAAACUGGAAACUAUGUUAAACCAGCUCCAUCUGACAGGUUCAGGCAGAAUGAAUCCCGACGGUUUCCUGAUCAGUUUCCCAAUGAGGACUAAUUACAUGUACGGACGCAUGAAGAAGACUCUGCUCCAGGAAAUCUUUGCUUUCACCCUGUGUCUGUGGAUCAAACCAGGGAUGGGUCCAGGUCUGGGGACCCCCUUCUCAUACUCUGCCCCGGGACAGUCCAAUGAGAUAGUGCUCAUUGAGUGGGGCAACAACCCAAUUGAACUGCUCAUCGAUGAUAAGGCGGUGACGUUGCCCUUGACGCUGACUGAUGGGAGGUGGCACCAUGUGUGUGUGACGUGGAGCACUCGGGACGGGCACUGGGAGGCCUAUCAGGACGGGGUGCAGAGGGGCUCCGGGGUCGGCCUCUCCUCGUGGCACGCCAUUAAACCUGGAGGGGUCUUCAUCCUGGGGCAAGAGCAGGACACUCUCGGGGGCCGCUUCGAUGCCACUCAGGCUUUCGUGGGGGAGAUGUCUGAGGUGCAUUUGUGGUCCCAUGUUCUGACCUCUAGUGACAUACACAGCCUCUCCACCUGCAGCAGCCAUCUCCACGGAGAUGUUUUUGCCUGGACGGAGGGAGAGGUGGAGCUGCACGGAGGCGUAACCAGACACCCCUAUGACACCUGCCAUUAA